AUGGUGUCGAACAACCUUAUCGUAGCCGGCGCGCUUUUGGUCGUAGCCUUGGUCGUUCAGCGCAUCGCAUCAGCUGGCCCUCGCUGCCCAAAGGAUGCGAAGCUCCCUCCGGGACCAAAGGGCAAGCCCCUUGUCGGCAACCUUCUCGACAUACCGCCGUACCACUCUUGGCUGAAGUUCAAAGAAUGGGCCGAUCAGUAUGGUCCGCUGUUUAGGUUGAACAUCGCAGGCAGGGAGCAUUAUAUCGUCUCGACGGAGAAGAUUGCGAACGACUUGCUCCGUGAGAGAGGCACGCUCUACUCAAGCAGAGAACAGUUGCCGGCGGCGGCACAGUUGCUGGGCGACAACCUGCGGCCGCUGUUCCUGCCAUACAAUGACGUCUGGCGAAAAGGCCGUCGUUUGAUGCAUUAUCUGACCAUGUCAAGCGCCGCUACGAGCUAUCAGCCCACACAAGUUCUCGAGUCAACUCAUCUUCUUUAUGAUUUGAUCCGCUCACCGAAGGAUUACGAGACGUGGUUCGAGCGCUACGCGUCUGGCUUAAUCUUCCGUCUUGGCUUUGGGAAGAUGGUCGAGACAGGUGAGGAAGAUGAUGUCAAGCGGAUACUAAACAUCGUCCAUACGGUCGAGCGUGUCGCAUCUCCCGGGGCAUAUCUCGUCGACACGUUCCCGUCUCUCAUGUAUCUACCGAAGCUACUGGCGCCUUUUAAACAAGAGCUAGGGAAACUGCAUGAGGAGGAGCUGUCCUUCUUUCGUCGGCUGCAGGAUGACGUUCGCCGCGAGAUGCGGGACGGCAACGCUCCUGAAUGCUGGGAGCGCACUUUUCUCGAAAAGAAGGACGAGUACGGACUUACGGACGAUGAAGGCGCGUACGUAGUCGGCACGCUCUUUGAAGCUGGCAGCGGGACCACCGCAGCGGCUAUGAUGUCUUUUGUGCUCGCCAUGGUGCAUUACCCGGAGUGGCAGAGGAAGGUCCAAGAGGAAGUCGAUAGCGUCGUUGGCGGACAUCGGAUGCCCGAUUUCGAUGACAUGCCAUCUCUUCCCACCGUGCGCGCCGUGGUCAAGGAGACGCUUCGAUGGCGGCCAGUAACGGCCGGCGGCGGCCCGCACCAACUCGUUAAAGACGACAUCUACAACGGCAUAUUCCUCCCCGCCGGAACGAACGUGCAUGCCAAUCAAUGGGCGAUCCACAGAGACCCAGCGCUCUACCCAGAUCCAGAAACCUUCCUCCCGUCCCGCUGGCUCAAUCCUAAAUACCCCACCUACCGCGAACCCCUGACUACUUACCCGAACCUGCAGAACUUCUCGGCCUUCGGCUUCGGCCGCAGGAUCUGUCCGGGCCAGACCAUCGCGGAGCGCUCGCUGAACCUGCUGGUGGCACGGAUCGCAUGGGCGUGUCAGAUCAGUAAGGCACGGGAUGGGGAGGGGAAGGAAGUGAAUGUGCCGUGGUAUGAUUACACGGCGGGGCUCAAUGUGCAGCCGAAGUGGUUUCCUUUCGAAUUGGCAGCGAGGAGCGCGGAGCGGAAGGAGAUGGUGCGGAUGGCGAUGGAGGAGGGGAGGAGUGAGGAUCCGCUGCGUGGGCGGAAGUGA